GGUCUGAGUUUUGGAACCGGUACAAGUGUGAGGGAGGUUGUGCCUGUAAGGAAGGGCGGAGAGCUGUUGGAGCGAGCGCUGAGAAUUGUGUGAGACCAGGCCAGGGAGGACAGAACAGUGCUGAGGAGUCCAGCUAAGGCAUUGUACACCCCACAGAGCUAGACGAGCUAGGGUCAUAAGAGGACGGUGAAGCCGCUGAAGGGAGCAGUGUGUCAAGAAGGGAGCAGGAAGCCAACUUGAGUCCCAUUGUCCUAUCAGCGGUUUAGGGGGAGGCGGCGGGAAAGGCAGGGGACGCGGCCUGUAGAAGGAGUGACGUCUAGACAGACUAGAGAAGUCCCGGAGAGUUCGGAUAAAGAGAGGAAUGGAGCCUAUUUAUGACAUGCUGUUUGGUUGGGACCCCACUGUGGGCUACUCGGCCGUGUUGGCCUGUGUAUUUGUGGCGGUGGGCGGGUGGCUGCUCCGUCUGGCUGAGAAGAGAUUCUGGAAACAGAAGUGUUCCAAUCCUCCACACUACAACCCGCAGCCUGGCUGGGAGGUGCGGCUAGGCAAGCAGAGUAUGGAAGAGAUUCUGACUAAUCUGAAGUUGUUGGACCCGGAUGAACUGAGGGAGGAGAUACUUAAAUCUGGUUUGAAAUGUGGGCCUAUUACUUCAACCACUCGAUCAACAUUUGAGCGGAAGCUAGCUCGAACGUUACUGGAACAACAAGGUGUCAAUUUAGAGACUCUGAAUUCAAAUGAGGGUGAAGACCGGGAAUUUGGGUAUAAUGUUGGCCUAAACCCCCCUGUUGAAGAUGCAUCACUACAUCAUUCUGCAGCUCCUGUGAACCACCUAUUGGAUGAAGCAUUCAUCACCAACCAAACACAUUCCAAUGACUCCCCUAUGUUUUAUGCUGUUUGUCCAUUGCAUGAAGACAAUCUGAUGAAAAAUGAUAAUGUGCACAUUUAUACGAACAAGAAGGAAGUACUUCAGGUUGUGAAAAUGCUCAAGGGGUCACGUUUUAAGGCCUUCCAUUCCAGAGAUGAUGCUGAAAAAUUUGCUAGAGGAAUAUGUGAUUACUAUUCUUCUCCCAGCAAAUCUUUAUUGUCUGUAUCCCCUGUAAAGAUUUCUUCUCUUCUUAGAGAUGCAUCCUCCACUCCAGAAACAGACUGUCUCAGCAAGGAGAAGGCAAACAGCUUCAAGAGUCCAAGGACUCAAGAUUUGACAGCAAAAUUAAGGAAAGCUGUGGAAAAAGGAGAUUCAGACACAUUUGCAGAGCUAAUUUGGAGCAAUCCUCGUUAUCUUAUAGGAUCAGGAGACAACCCAACUGUGGUACAGGAAGGAUGCAGGUACAAUGUCAUGCAUGUAGCUGCCAAAGAGAACCAGGCUGGGAUCUGCCAGCUGUUGCUAAAUACUUUGGAGAACCCAGAAUUCAUGAGGCUUAUGUAUCCCGAUGAUGAUGAUGGUAUGCUUCUGAAACGUAUUCAGUAUAUCGUUGACCUUUAUCUUAACACACCAGAUAAAAUGGCUUUUGAUACUCCUUUGCAUUUUGCUUGCAAAUUUGGAAAUGCAGAGGUAGUCAAUGUGCUGUGUUCACAUCCUGACAUAAUAAAAAAUUCCAGAAACAAGUAUGCACAGACGCCAGAAGAGGUAAUCUGUGAACGAAGCAGAAAGAAAUCUACUGAGCUGAAAGGAAAGAUUAGAGAAUAUCUAAAAGGGCAUUUUUAUGUCCCUCUACUUCGUGCGGAGGAUAACUCUUCUUCACCAAUUAUUGGAGUACCCUGGACAAAAGAGCAGACCGAUGUUCUCGCUCAGCCCAGAUAUUGUGUCAGCCCCAAAGAUCCCUCACUAACCGUUAGAGCAUUUGCUGGACCCAUGAGCCCCUCAAAGGCUGAGGACUUUAGAAGAACUUGGAAGACUCCUCCACGGGAAAGGGCUGGAAUGUUCCACAAUAUCAGAAAAACUGAUCCAGAAAGAGGCGUGGAAAGAGUAGGGAGGGAGCUUGCUCACGAGCUGGAUGUCCCUUGGGUGGAGUAUUGGGAGUUUCUAGGUUGUUUUGUUGAUCUUUCUUCCCUGGAAGGUUUGGGGAAGCUGGAGGAAUACCUGAGCAAGAAGGCGAGUGAGAGAUUGCAAACUGACCAUGAUAUCUGCAACAGAUUUAAAACUCCAUCUCCAGCAGGAAAAAGUAAAAAGUGCUGCAAUUCUGUUUCUGUGGGAGCAUUCCUGGAUGAUGAGGAAGACAUAAGUCUUGAAGAAAUAAAAAACAGACAGAAUGCAGCACUGAAGAACAGCUUGUAUUUGGGGACAAUUGCAGGACCAGAAUGCAUAAUGGACACUACACCAAUACCCAGUAGUCCUCAUAAAGAAGGAGCAAUGCAUGGUUACUGCAGCCCUUUGAGUGGUGACUGCGGGCAUCAGCAGGAUUUUGAGAACAUGUUAUCUCCAGUUUCCAAUCUCCUAGCUGAGUUUGAAAAAAUGUCAUUUUCAGAUCUGAAAGAAGAUGGUGAGGUGUCUCAUACAGGUUUGACAGUUGGGAAGCGAAAUAGAAUGAAUGUUCAUGAUACAGACAUUAAAUCCAAAAGCUCACUGAUUAGGACAGAGAGUUCAGGUGUGUUGCAGGCUGGUGAAGCUUUUUCCAAUAUCACCCUUUCAGGCAAACAACCUCUGGAACACAGAGAUGAGCUGCCACGCUUAAACUCCACUUCAGAAUCUUCUGCUUCACAAGUAAUUAUGAAAACACCAGUAAAACACCAAAGUUAUAGAGCAAUAUUUCUACUUGGGAAAGAACCUUCUAAGCUAGACAAUGAUGUUUUAGCAGCUGUGGAAAAGGUGGAAAUUGAUGCUCAGAAAUACCCCAGUAUUUCCAGGUGGAUUACCGAUGUUCUGUCUUACUCCAGUAAAGAACGACAAAGUUGGCCAAGCCCUGCUGUAUUAUCAGGAAGAAACAAGUCUCAACUCUGUAGUUCCAACUCCCCAGGUGGCCUUGGCUUUUCUACUCCUGGGCGGAGCAGCCCCAUUCCAGGGAGUCCUGGGAAAUAUGUGAACACGUCUGAUUAUAGCAGUCCAGGACGGUACAGCCCAGCAUAUGCCAGCCACAUUCAGCUGCUGCGAAUACGCCAUUUCUCUGAUCACUCAUCCCUUUAGAACGUGCUUUUAUCCUUCUUGUUUGUAAGCUGAGGCAAUCAACCUGGGGCCAUAAAGAUUUAUGGGGAUUACUGAUUUGCAACUAAGGCUCCCAUCCCAUGUUUUUGCUCAUCUCUAGAAACCGUGCUAGUUUUUGGAGUAGUCACAUCAUUAUGCACAAUGCUGCAAAGUCUGUGCUGACGGUUCCCUUUAAUUGCGAAGUAUGAAGAAGCCGAUGCCCGAGCAUCUAUCACGGAUGCAAUCUGCUGCAAGUAUAAACCAGUUGGAGAGUAAUCCUUUUUCACCUUCCUGCCAUUAAACUUAAAUUGUGUUGUCUAAAACAUUUGUGCAACUUUGAUGUUAAAAAAACUGUAGUAGUCACAGUCAGGAAAUUUGCCAAUCCACAUUGGCGUGUGUCUGUUAGAUGAAGUCUUGAUUAUUUUUGCUUGGCCAGUGAAUCACUCAGCAAUAACUUGCAGUGUGUACCCAUGUGUGUAGGGCACUUGUGUUGUCCCUCUUUUGAUGGUGUUAAUGCUAAAUACCCUGCUCCAGUCUAUUGUUCAAUUCCCACUUAUGUGUAUUAAUAAUCAAGUGCAGACAGAAUGUUUUAGUGGCCUAUCUUUUAAAUUGUUGUUUUUUUUGUUUUGUUUUUAAUAUUCUGCCAUUUUCAUAAACAUUUUCUUAUAUUUUUGUAAGUUGACAAUUGGGUUGUAAAGAACAUGUUCAAAUGUUGGACACUGACAAGUGUUGAUAUUUACAGGGUUGUUUUAUUCUAUGUAUUCAGUUUUUCAGUAUCAUCUAACACUGGAAAAUGUAAUAUAGUCCCUUUUUUUUAAAUAACUGACAUUUUGAAAAUGAACAAAGCAACUCCUAAAGCAUUUUGUGUUGACCUGAAAUUGUGAUAAUGGUGUGCAUUGAAUUGCUUUUGUAAGCUGAAGGGGCAGUAACUAAGUUAGUAAAUCUACAAGAUACAUCAGCAUAUAUCCAUAGUUUUAAAGAAACUGUUGGGGGAGUGGGAGUGACUUGGGACUGCUGUAGGUAUGAAGUUCAUUUCAUUCCUGAAGCAGUCUUUUAAACCCUUUACUGCCAAAUCUCAGGCUGUUUUGACAGGCAACCCAAUGCUGCAACAUGUUGGGUAUAGUUGGGAGUCUGGCUUCAAGCCUACAUAUUUGACUCAUCUUGAUAGGCAGCCUCACUGGCCAGUAGGAUGUUUAGUAUGAAAGGAUGGGCAAGCUUCAUUGCUGUCAGGAAGUACACAUACUUUGCCUGUCAGAGCUGCUGUAUUGAUAAGUGCAAGCACCUCAUACCUGCAGUUUUUUGUUUUGUUCUCUAAUAAAUAAUAAUAAAGGGUCUUCACCUUUAGAUUUUUUGGACAAGGCUGUAUUAAAAAGCUGAAGACAGGGGUACAACAGACCCCAUGAAAAAUCUGGUCAUGGGGUAGAGUAGCUGACAUUAAAAUGUGUACAAAAGA